AGUGGUACUCUUUUUUUUAUAUAUACAUUAUUUAAUCAUCGCUAAGGCACUGGUUGUUGCAUAUAAAUCACCACCAUUCAACUCCAUAGUAACUCUCUGUCUUUUGUUAAGACAAAAAAAAAGAAGAGAGUAACUCUCUGUUUUUUCUUUUAAUCAAAAAAAAAAUUAGCUCCCUGCCUCUCAAACCACAUACUACUCCUCUCUCUCUUCACCGCCAAACGCUAAACGCAACCGCCAAAAUGACGGAGAAAGAAUGUGAGCAUCACCACGACGAGGAUGAAAAAACGCGGAGACGUAUAGGAGCGGCUGUGCUUGGUUUUCUCGCAGCUGUCCUUUUUGUGGUUUUCUUGGUGUGGGCCAUUCUUCACCCACACGGGCCGCAUUUUGUUCUCCAAGACGCAACCAUUUACGCGUUCAACGUUUCUGAGCCCAAUUUCUUGACCUCCAAUCUCCAGGUCACUCUCUCCUCUCGAAAUCCUAACGACAAGAUUGGAAUUUUCUAUGACCGUCUUGACAUUUAUGCCUCCUACCGCAACCAACAGGUAACGUUGGCGACUUUACUGCCGGCGACUUACCAAGGCCACCUUGAUGUGACGGUAUGGUCGCCGUUUCUAUACGGAACAUCGGUGCCAGUGGCGCCAUACUUUUCACCGGUGUUAAGCCAAGAUCUAACGGCCGGGAUGGUGCUUCUGAACAUCAAGAUCGACGGUUGGGUUAGAUGGAAAGUGGGAACGUGGGUCUCCGGUAGGUACCGCCUCCACGUCAAUUGUCCAGCUUACAUUACUCUGGCCGGACAUUUUUCCGGUGACGGUCCAGCCGUUAAGUACCAGCUUGUCCAGCGAUGUGGCGUUGACGUUUAAGCAAAGGAAUAAUCAUUAUUCUUUAGAAAGACUAGACUACUUUUGUUGUGAUUAUAGUAUUUUUUAGUUCAUAGAAUUUAUAUACUAUAUUGUUUUGUAUUGCGUUUUUAUGAUUGAGAUUAAAGUUUACCGUAAUAAUGUAGGUCCUUCCAAUUUUUAUUUCCUUUUGUUGUGAUUAUAGUAUUUUUUAGUUCAUAGAAUUUAUAUACUAUAUUGUUUUGUAUUGCGUUUUUAUGAUUGAGAUUAAAGUUUACCGUAAUAAUGUAGGUCCUUCCAAUU